CGCACCUGGCGCUCCGCAGCCCGUCGCCUCAGCCCGGCUUUCGGAGGGGAUUGGCGGAGAGCGGGCGGGGAGAGAAUGUGACAAGCGCCGGUUCGGGCGGCCGCCGGGAGGCCGCGCGCACCUGUCCCUGCCCGUCUCGCGCCGCCCGCGGUCGCUCGGACGCGCGCACCGCCGCCCCCCGUCGCCCCGCGCCGCGCGCGCGCCGAGACCAUGACUUCUGCCUUCAAGCUGGAUUUCCUCCCGGACAUGAUGGUCGAGGGCCGCCUGCUAGUUACCGACAGAAUUAACGGCACAGCCAACAAGAUGAACGGCGCUUUGGAUCACUCAGACCAACCAGACCCAGAUGCCAUUAAGAUGUUUGUCGGACAGAUCCCCCGGUCCUGGUCGGAAAAGGAGCUCAAAGAACUUUUUGAGCCUUACGGAGCCGUCUACCAGAUCAACGUCCUCCGGGACCGGAGUCAGAACCCUCCCCAGAGUAAAGGUUGUUGUUUCGUAACAUUUUAUACAAGAAAAGCUGCACUUGAGGCCCAGAAUGCACUGCACAAUAUUAAAACUUUACCUGGGAUGCAUCAUCCCAUUCAGAUGAAACCUGCAGACAGUGAAAAGUCCAACGCUGUGGAAGACAGAAAAUUGUUCAUAGGAAUGGUUUCGAAGAAAUGCAAUGAGAAUGAUAUCAGGGUGAUGUUUUCUCCAUUUGGCCAGAUAGAAGAAUGCCGGAUUCUCCGGGGACCCGACGGGCUGAGUCGAGGCUGUGCGUUUGUCACAUUUUCUACAAGGGCAAUGGCACAGAAUGCAAUCAAAGCCAUGCAUCAGUCUCAGACCAUGGAGGGCUGCUCUUCACCCAUCGUGGUGAAGUUCGCUGACACCCAGAAGGACAAAGAGCAAAGGCGCCUCCAACAGCAGCUGGCACAGCAGAUGCAGCAGCUCAACACUGCCACCUGGGGCAACCUGACGGGGCUGGGCGGCCUCACCCCACAGUACCUGGCGCUUCUGCAGCAGGCAACCUCCUCCAGCAACCUGGGUGCAUUCAGCGGCAUCCAGCAAAUGGCUGGCAUGAAUGCUCUUCAGUUGCAGAAUCUGGCAACUCUGGCUGCGGCUGCAGCCGCAGCCCAGACCUCAGCCACCACAACAAAUGCAAACCCUCUGUCCACCACGAGCAGUGCCCUGGGAGCCCUCACAAGUCCCGUGGCUGCUUCAACCCCCAACUCCACUGCUGGUGCAGCCAUGAAUUCUUUGACCUCUCUUGGGACUCUGCAAGGAUUGGCAGGAGCCACUGUUGGAUUGAAUAAUAUUAAUGCACUAGCAGGUACUAUAAACAGUGAGCGAAGUAAAAAGCUUUUAUUUCAAAAAGAUAACAUUGCUCAAAUGCUCUCAGGUAUGGCGGCUCUGAAUGGAGGACUUGGCGCCACAGGCUUGACGAAUGGCACGGCGGGCACCAUGGACGCCCUCACCCAGGCCUACUCAGGGAUUCAACAGUACGCGGCCGCGGCACUGCCCACGCUGUACAGCCAGAGCCUGCUGCAACAGCAGAGCGCCGCGGGCAGCCAGAAGGAAGGUCCAGAGGGUGCAAAUCUCUUUAUUUACCACCUUCCACAGGAGUUUGGAGACCAGGACAUUCUGCAGAUGUUCAUGCCUUUUGGAAAUGUUAUCUCUGCUAAAGUCUUCAUUGACAAACAGACCAAUCUGAGCAAGUGCUUUGGUUUUGUUAGCUACGACAAUCCAGUCUCUGCGCAAGCUGCUAUCCAGGCUAUGAAUGGCUUUCAGAUUGGCAUGAAACGCUUGAAGGUCCAGCUGAAGCGCUCCAAAAACGACAGCAAACCCUACUGAUCCUAACCCCCGAGGCUCCCUGCUCUUAUUUUAGCUUUCUUAGGGUAAGUCCCACAUGCCAGCCUGUUCUCAACAGGAAAGGCACGGAGGACCACAUUGCCAACUUUUACCAAGAGAGACAGUUAUUUUUACAAUAAGGCCUCCAUUUCCCCCUCCCCCACCCAGUUCGCCAUAAUUAAAACUUGGGCUACCUUGUUUCUAGCGAGUCAACUCCUCCAGUUGUGCCACUGUAUUCUCCUUUGUUUUGCAAUUUGACUCUCCUUUUACCUUUUUUCAUUUCAGUUUGUUGUUUUCAUUAUUGCUUUUUUAAAGAAAAACACACAUCACAAAUAAAUGACAUCUUGAGAACUUAAAAGGCAAACAAAGGCUAAUGUGCAAUUCUAACUCUGAGACCCCUGGUGCCCUGAGAGCACUGCCUGGAAAAUCCACCCCUCCUGUGGGCGCCCAUCCCCUAGGAGGGUACCAGCUGUUUAGAGCUUAAGGCGGUGGCCUAGCACAAGAGAGAAGCCAGGAGAAGCACUUAAAACAAUACAAAAUGUCUUUCCACUACAUUUGGUUUGUUUUAAUAAGUAGGAUUUUAUUUUAGGGUUCAAAAAAAACAUGACAUUUAUUGGUCAGAUUAUUACACUGGUUGUCUAUUUUGUUACUGUUUUAUUUUAGUUUUUAGAAAGGAUUAAUGUAAAAAAAAGAUUUAGAGAUCUGUUUCUUAAAGCUACAGGGUUUAAAAAUAAAAUAAAAAUGAGUGAAAAUACUUGAUGUUUCUUGAAAGAUAAAUUUAAUAAGUAAAUAAAUACAUAAAUAAUACAUAAAUAAAAAAGAAAGCCACAGGCCUGUAAAUUUUAUUUGUAAAAAAAGCAUUUCUAUUUUUGUACAAAAUUUUUACUGCCUCAGAAAUAAUGGAAGUUAUUUAUUGCCUAUUGUUAACUUAUUGGGUACCUAAAGAGCAGUUCUCUAUGCUAGCUAGAUCCUUCUGAAGUAGUCUCUAGAGGAAUCCUUCUAGGAAUGGGCUUUUCUCACCGUUGAACCCUAGGCCUAAAGUUCAUGCUUUAUCCUCGUUGUUUGUAUGUCUGAUGGUUCUGUUCGUAACUUCCAUCACCUAGUUUACAGUUCAGUCGUCUGGCUUCCCCCAUAUGUUACAUUCGUUGAAACUGGAUCCUCUCCCCUGUCCCUUGCCAGCCGCCACCCCUAAAGCCCGGAAUCCAUCCCCUUUCUCUCUCUGGAUGGAUUCUCUUGGGGCCCAUUGUGCUGUGGAUAGCGAUUGUAAGACAUGCAGAAAUGCGGCCGCUCCUAGGCUCCCUGACCACCUAAGAUCUGUGCCCUUAACAGUGAUUGUGUUGCUGCUCGUAGACUCUGUGUAACCUUUUACUCUCCCUUGUUUUCUCCCUAGACAUCUUCAUGCCCGUUAGCUCACCGUUUGCCUAGCAUGUCCCUGUGGCGUCUCAAAAAAAAAAAGUUUCAUCGUCCCGUCAUUGUUUCUGAUGUCUUUCUGACCUCACAUCAUAUUUGGUUCUCCUACUGACCUUUGAUCUAGUUUGACCUUUGAAAUUUGCAUGUGACCUCAUCUAGCUAUGAAUUCUGGGAAGUCAAUGUGAAAAACAUUGCUGCAUUCAUGCAAGACUGAAAUUUAUUCUUAGACAAAUUAUAGAAAAAAAAAAACCUGUGGCAAAAACGUUUCUUAUUUUUUUUUUUCUUUUCAUAAAACAGACUUGAAAGUAUUAUACAGGGAUUGGCAUUCUUCCCGGUCACUGGUAACAAUAGCAAUAUGUGUCCAGGGACACAGAAUGUUGGUUUCUAACAGACUACUUCCAAAAACAGUUUGAGAAAAAAACUGUCUGAUUUUAAGUCUCUAGAGGUCUGUAAUAGUUUUUACAUUUUUCAGGCAGUGUAAAGUUUUUUGAUAAGGCCAUUUUAGGUGGCUCACUUUCUCAUUAAGAUAUAUAUAUAGAACCACUUUUUGUAGAUUAGUAUAAGAAAAAUAUUUACCCUGUUUUGGGGGCAAAUGCUACCUAUUUGUGUCACCUUUUGCUGAACUGACUCACAGUUAGACAAUCCAUGGUUUAAUGCACAUGAAAUUACCUAUAUUUUAUACUGUUUCAAUGUACAGGAGAAAGGUUACUGUAAACUGUGUUAUGUUGGUGCUUCUGUGAAUUAAGUUGUGGUUUCAUCAUGAGUCUUAUGGUCUUAAUGUUCUUUGUUGAUAAGACAAGUUUAGGAUUGGUUUACUUAGAACAAAAAAGAAUUUCAAAAAAAAGUUUGCUUAAAAAAAUUUUUCAUGUGAGGGGAAAAAAACAAAAAAACCUAUUCCAGAAUAAGAUUUGUGUUGGCUUGUAAAGCAUUGAUGUCUUUCCUUUUUUAUCGUGGACUAUUUAGAUGUGUUUGUGUUCAGCAAAAUGUGAUUUUUUUUUUCUUUUAAAGAAAAAAAGUGAAAAUAUAUAGUGCCAAAUUCCAAAGGUACUUCCUUCCUAGAGCUUCAGUGUGUUUCUUGUGAGAAGUAAUUUGAUACCAUGGGUAUUUUAUUAUGUGUUUUGUAUAAAUCCCUAAUAUUUAAAAAACAAAAAACAAAAAAAAGAGGUUAAAAAGUUUGUUAACUUGCUAUCCUGUGGUCUUGUUGCCUGAAAUUGUUAUUGUUUGUUAUUUCUCUAUGAUGUUUUUUGUAAGACAUUGUAUAAGUGCCCAUGUCUCACUUUUUUAACCACUCUCUCUGCACAUCAAUGCUGUGACAGCAACCUCACAAUGUAUUUUCUUCAUAAUAUAUGGAAACCUCUAAGGUGAGAAAGUUUUGAACUUUUAACCCUUUCUACCCAGAGCUAUCUGGAACGUUGAUUACUUUUUAUACUGUCAUCAUUUUAGCUUGUUUUGGGAUGUUUCUAAUUUGAAUUUUAUUUCUGCACAUAUCCUCUGAGUUGUUGUUUUGUCUUUACUACUUUUUUAUCCUUUGGUUGAGACCCAAAAGAGGAAAAAAAAAAAAACAAGGUAUAUCGAAAUGAAAAAAAAUAUAACUUUAGCCUCUCCAAAUUUUUUCCCCUAUUUUUUUCUUUUUUCAGAUUCAUUUUUUCAAGAAUUCUUAAUAUGCUGCUGGAAUUCCAUCUUCAGUUUUAAUUAAGAACAGUUAAUUGGUUAAACCUUCUAAGGGAAAUGGUAGAUUCAGCACUUAUAUUCUAUAUGUUUUUGAGAUGAGGUUUAGUGGUAUGUUCCAAUUUAGACUAUUUUCAUAUACCUUCCAGUUUAACGACUUUAUAGUAGGGUAGCCUUUUGAGGGAUUUUUGCUUUUAUUUCUUAAAUACUCCUAAUUAAUGUUUCUAAUCAGCCAUUGUGCUGGGGAUUUUAGGAUCCCAGCAGAUACCUCUGAAUAAGCAAGGUGUCUGGAGUUAGAAGCUCAUGUCCUUUCCCUUUCUUUUUUUUUAAUUGAACACAUUAAAAGUGACUGACCAUACAAGUAAAACUCAGUUCUUCAUCAGUUACUGACCAAAUACCAGUUCCUGCUGCCACUUUUUAAAGUGCCAUGUUACUUUGACUUCAUGUGAACAGAUCUCUUGCUGUCUGGACAAACCUGUGUCAUCCUUACAGCCCCGACACAACUCCUGCCGCCCUGGAAGCCUGCCUGUCUCUAACGGAGCUCAGAAACUGCUGGCUUCCCUGCCUUCCUCCUCUUCCCGCUCACCACUGUCUGGUUUAAUGUGUGUGGAUGUGAUAGCCCUGGGAUGGAAAGGACUAGCCUCUAAAGGAUGCAAAAAAAAGAAAAAAAAAGUUUCCUUCUUAUAGCACAUGCACUUAACAAUGAAAUGAUUUGUAUUAUCCUCACAUGUGUUUACUACUGCUGGGGCCUUCCUUCAUCCUUUGAGGGCUAUUUUGUACUUCCUGCAGCAAUUCACUUAAUAACAAAAGUUCUCGCACAUGUCUCUCACAUACGUAUUUUUGGUGGUGUGUAGGUACAUAAGAACACCAUUUGGAUUUCUCAGACUGUUUCAUUCAGAAUCUCAAUUAUACAUCAAAAACAAUUUUUUCUGAUUUCUAAACUGAAGCAAACCACCCUCCUCCUGUCCGCUUUUCCUUUCAGCCACCGGCAUCUUGCCCCGAGGAACUGGGUGCAGGUGACAAGAGGCUCUGGGUGGGCACUUUGAGUGUUUUAUUUUGCAGGCAACCAAGACCAUGCAGUGGGCGGUGGGGGAUGGGGGAGUCCUUUUUUUUUUUUUCACAUUUCAUUGUUUAACCCUUCUCAGAGACAGCUGUCCUUUUAUUCACUUUAACUUUUAAUAUCAAAAGGAAAAGGCUGCAAGGGUGCAAUGGGCCUGUGCCAGAAUAAAAAACACACAGGGAAACUGCUUUUUUAAAAAAAAUCAAGUGUAGAGAAUAGUCAUUUUUAAACUAAAUUAGAGAAUUGCGAUAUAAUGGCAGUCCUCAAAGGUGUAACAAGUUCAUCUUUCUUUCACCAUAGGGGUUAUAGUUCUUUGGCUUGUGCUACUCUGGACUCAUUUUACUGUUUGUUUUUAUUAUCUUAAGUGCUAAUUAACAAGAAAUAAAAUUUUAAAAAAACCUGUAGUUUCAUUACCUUUUUGAAUAAUGUCAUACAAAAAAAAUGUAUUCGUGUUUUUUUGUGCUGUGAGAAUUGUUGUUUGUAGAUUAAUAAUACCAUUUUGUUUAGAAUUACAAAAUAGUUUUUAAAUAUUGUCUGAGAAAAGCCAAAGUUAAUGCAACCUAGUGGAAACUGUAAGACCAUUUGAGUAUUGUUUGUUUUAUUGAUGCAUUUGGAUUUUGUUGUUUGAUGGAAUUUGAGCCAAAAAAAAAAAAUGCAGGCUUUCCUAUUUCUACAACUGAUUGUACUUAACGCAUUUUGUACCAGUGGAACUUUUUAUACUGGAGAUUAAAAAAAAUGGAAAUUUUCGUGGCUUACUCUAGUGGGCCCCAUGACAAUGACUGAUUUCAAGUUUGAUUUCUGGUUGACAGAAAGAAAGUUGCUUUUCUUUUAAGAAUUAAAAACUUUGGCUUGAUUUCUUUUUUCCCUUUGCUUAUAUCUAGCACUAGAAUUUUGUCUUAAAAUACAGCGGUAAGUUUCACUUUUUAUUCUGUAUUGUGCAGUUACACAAUAAGGUAAUUAGAUUUAGAAGUACUCAGUCACUUUAAGUGGAUAAAUGUAUUAGUUAAAACUUUAGGGGUUUGCUUUUUUGCUGUUUAGAGCAAAGUUUUUUCUGAUUCUUCUGUCCUCAUUGUGAACAUAACCGUGUAGUUGAAACAGUCAGACUUAUUUUUGUAAUGUAUGUUAUUGUGUGAUGCAGUUUUUUGCUUCUGUCUCCAAUAUUAAACCAUUUUCCUAAUA